AUGUUAAUGUUCAGAAAGUCGGGAAAAGAAUUGCAACACGACAAUAUUUCUUGCAUUUGUCCAGAUCUAUCUAUCUAUCUAUCUAUCUAUCUAUCUAUCUAUCUAUUACAGCCUAUUAAGAUCUAUCUAUUUUUGAACUCAAGGCUGGAGAUCGAAUAUGACCUCGAGCCAUCUAUCUAUCUAUCUAUCUAUCUAUCUAUCUAUCUACCACAGUCUGUUAAGAUCUAUUUAUUUAUUUUUUUUACUACGAGAUACGUCCCUUUUCACCCUUUCUCGUUCUUUUUCUUCCAAUACCUAACAAACCUCGGUCACGUUUCGUGUCGGCUCUCUCAAACCUGUGUCUGUCCUAUUUUUCAUGACUUAAUAACAUGUAUAUUGACCUUGAAAAUACGUAUACUGUCCUCCUUCUUCUUCUUCUCCUUCUUGUCCUCUUUCUUCUCCUUCUUCUUCUUCUCCUUCUUCUUCUUCUUGUCCUCCUUCUUCUCGUUCUUCUUCUUCUUCUUCUCGUUCUUCUUGUCCUCCUUCUUCUCGUUCUUCUUCUUCUUCUCCUUCUUGUCCUCCUCCUUCUCGUUCUUCUUCUUCUCCUUCUUCUCCUUCUUCUUCUCCUUCUUGUCCUCCUUCUUCUUCUUCUCCUUCUUCUUCUUCUUGUCCUCCUUCUUCUCGUUCUUCUUCUUCUUCUUCUCCUUCUUCUUGUCCUCCGUCUUCUCGUUCUUCUUCUUCUUCUCCUUCUUGUCCUCCUUCUUCUCGUUCUUCUUCUUCUUCUUCUUCUUCUUCUCCUUCUUCUCCUUCUUCUCGUCCUCCUUCUUCUCGUUCUUCUUCUUCUCCUUCUUCUUCUCCUUCUUAUCCUCCUUCUUCUCCUUCUUCUUCUUCUUCUCCUUCUUAUCCUCCUUCUUCUCCUUCUUCUUCUUCUUCUCCUUCUUCUUCUUCUUCUUCUCCUUCUUCUUAUCCUCCUUCUUCUCGUUCUUCUUCUUCUUCUCCUUCUUGUCCUCCUUCUUCUCGUUCUUCUUCUUCUUCUUCUUCUUCUUCUCCUUCUUUUCGUUCUUCUUCUUCUUCUCCUUCUUGUCCUCCUUCUUCUCGUUCUUCUUCUUCUCGUUCUUCUUCUUCUCCUUCUUGUCCUCCUUCUUCUCCUUCUUCUUCUUCUUCUCCUUCUUCUUCUCCUUCUUCUUUUUCUUCUUUGUAGAUCUGUUCCAAUCUCUCUCUAUUUCUAUCUCUCUCUCACUCUCUCUCCCUAUGUUUCAUUCUAAUUAUUCUUAUCUAUCUAUCUAUCUAUCUAUCUAUCUAUCUAUCUAUCUGUUAUCACUAUUCAUAUCUAUAUAUCUAUCACUAUUCAUAUCUAUCUAUCUAUCUAUCUAUCAGUUAUCACUAUUCAUAUCUAUAUAUAUAUCACUAUUCAUAUCUAUCUAUCUAUCAGUUAUCACUAUUCAUAUCUAUAUAUCUAUCACUAUUCAUAUCUAUCUAUCAGUUAUCACUAUUCAUAUCUAUAUAUCUAUCACUAUUCAUAUCUAUCUAUCUAUCAGUUAUCACUAUUCAUAUCUAUAUAUCUAUCACUAUUCAUAUCUAUCUAUCUAUCAGUUAUCACUAUUCAUAUCUAUAUAUCUAUCACUAUUCAUAUCUAUCUAUCUAUCAGUUAUCACUAUUCAUAUCUAUAUAUCUAUCACUAUUCAUAUCUAUCUAUCUAUCUAUCUAUCAGUUAUCACUAUUCAUAUCUAUAUAUCUAUCACUAUUCAUAUCUAUCUAUCUAUCAGUUAUCACUAUUCAUAUCUAUAUAUCUAUCACUAUUCAUAUCUAUCUAUCUAUCUAUCAGUUAUCACUAUUCAUAUCUAUAUAUCUAUCACUAUUCAUAUCUAUCUAUCUAUCUAUCAGUUAUCACUAUUCAUAUCUAUAUAUCUAUCACUAUUCAUAUCUAUCUAUCGGUUAUCAGUUAUCACUAUUCAUAUCUAUAUAUCUAUCACUAUUCAUAUCUAUCUAUCGGUUAUCAGUUAUCACUAUUCAUAUCUAUAUAUCUAUCACUAUUCAUAUCUAUCUAUCUAUCUAUCAGUUAUCACUAUUCAUAUCUAUAUAUCUAUCACUAUUCAUAUCUAUCUAUCGGUUAUCAGUUAUCACUAUUCAUAUCUAUAUAUCUAUCACUAUUCAUAUCUAUCUAUCUAUCAGUUAUCACUAUUCAUAUCUAUAUAUCUAUCACUAUUCAUAUCUAUCUAUCUAUCUAUCUGUUAUCAGUUAUCUCUAUUCAUAUCUAUCUAUCUAUCUAUCUGUUAUCAGUUAUCUCUAUUCAUAUCUAUCUAUCUAUCUAUCUAUCUGUUAUCAGUUAUCUCUAUUCAUAUCUAUCUAUCUAUCUAUCUGUUAUCAGUUAUCUCUAUUCAUAUCUAUCUAUCUAUCUGUUAUCAGUUAUCUCUAUUCAUUCAUAUCUAUCUAUCUAUCUGUUAUCAGUUAUCUAUUAUUCUAUCUAUCUAUCUAUCUAUCUGUUAUCAGUUAUCUCUAUUCAUAUCUAUCUAUCUAUCUGUUAUCAGUUAUCUCUAUUCAUAUCUAUCUAUCUAUCUGUUAUCAGUUAUCUCUAUUCAUAUCUAUCUAUCUAUCUAUCUAUCUGUUAUCAGUUAUCUCUAUUCAUAUCUAUCUAUCUAUCUGUUAUCAGUUAUCUCUAUUCAUAUCUAUCUAUCUAUCUAUCUGUUAUCAGUUAUCUCUAUUCAUAUCUAUCUAUCUAUCUAUCUGUUAUCAGUUAUCUCUAUUCAUAUCUAUCUAUCUAUCUGUUAUCAGUUAUCUCUAUUCAUAUCUAUCUAUCUAUCUAUCUAUCUAUCUGUUAUCAGUUAUCUCUAUUCAUAUCUAUCUAUCUAUCUAUCUAUCUAUCUGUUAUCAGUUAUCUCUAUUCAUAUCUAUCUAUCUAUCUAUCUAUCUAUCUGUUAUCAGUUAUCUCUAUUCAUAUCUAUCUAUCUAUCUAUCUAUCUGUUAUCAGUUAUCUCUAUUCAUAUCUAUCUAUCUAUCUAUCUAUCUAUCUAUCUAUCUAUCUAUCGUCAUAUUUACUUAUCUACCUAG